AUGGAAAAUUCAUCACUUAUCAUGUCAUUUAUAUUGGCACCGUAUGGUGAGAUUGGCAGUAUUAAAUAUUUGUAUUUUUCCUUUGUAUUUGUACUGUAUCUUGUCAUAAUAGCUGUUAAUGUGGCUUUAAUUUUAAUUGUUCAUGUUGAAAGAAGUCUCCAUGAACCAAUGUAUAUUUAUUUAUGCUGUUUAGCUAUAAAUGGCUUGUUUGGGAGUACUGCAAUAUUCCCUUCAAUUUUAGUAAACCUGAUUUCAGUCACUAUGGAGAUUUCUCAGCUUAGCUGUUUUAUACAAAUCUUUUGUAUUCAUACAUAUUGUUUUGCUGAGUUCACUAACUUGGCUUUAAUGGGGUAUGAUCGAUAUAUAGCAAUUUGUCAUGCUCUGUUGUACCAUAACAUUAUGAAUCUAUCAAAAAUGUAUCAGCUUAUUUUUUUAUCGUGGGUGUUACCAAUCUGUGUAAUUACUGUUUUAACAGUACUUACGGCUCAGCUGCCAUUGUGUGGCAGAAUUAUUGAAAAAAUAUACUGUGACAAUUAUUCUGUGGUCAAACUUGCCUGCACUGAUAUUAAUAAUUACAACAUUUACGGAUUGGUAUCUGUAUUUCUUUCUAUUUUCCCACCUUUGCUUAUCAUCAUCUAUUCUUAUGUCAAGAUUCUUCAGGUAAGUCUGAAUGCUUCCAAAGAAUCACAAGCAAAAGCUUUAGCCACCUGCACUCCACAUUUAAUAACGUUGGGAAACUUUUUCUUGUCAGUUUGUUUUGAAGUUAUUCAAAGCAGAUUCAAUAUGCAUCAUGUUCCUUAUGUGGCCCGUGUGAUUUUGUCUGUGCAUGUUUUAAUAUUUCCACCUUUACUCAAUCCGAUAAUUUAUGGGGCAAAAACACAAAAGAUAAAAGUAUGUUUUAAAAGGUUACUUAAGCACAUGAAAUGCCAUACUGCUGUUGCAUACUAUUAA